AUGUCGUUCAAGGUCAACUGGAAGUCUUUGGAAACGGACUCGCUAUCAACAUGGACCAAAGAGAUUUUGACAAGCGCCUUAAAUUCAGGCAAACGACCUAAUAUACUAGCUUCUAGCAUCACAAUCAAAGACCUCAAUUUUGGCAAAAUUGCGCCGGAUUUUGAAAUAUUGGAAAUUGGAGAGUUGGAUAGAGAUAGGUUUAGAGGCAUAUUCAAGAUCAAUUAUGCGGGAGACUUUCAUUUAACUUUGCAUACUCAAGUACAAGCUAAUCCUUUGAAUAUAUAUUAUUCCAACUCAUUAGCAAAAGAAGUGUGCAACUUUUACCCACACGAUGGUGGCAAUACCAAUGACAAUGAUGAGCUGAGGUUUGUUACUCCUCAAUUUGUCUUAUCAAAUGAGCAAUUUGCCAUUCCUUUGGAUUUGAAGCUAAGCGAUAUCAUGAUUAGCGGUAUUGGCAUUAUUGUUUUUUCAAAAUCAAAGGGAUUGACCAUGGUGUUUAGGAAUGAUCCGCUAGACUCUAUCAAGGUAAGCUCAACAUUUGACACUGUACACGUAUUGGCUAAUUUUUUGCAGAACCAAAUUGAAUCUCAAAUUAGAGAUUUGUUUAGGGAAACGUUACCCACCUUGAUUCAUAAAUUGUCACUAAAGUACCUAAGUCUUGAUAAUAAUAUGCAUAAUUUGAGAAGUAAGAUGGCAGCAAAUGUAAAUAAAUCCAAUAAUGCCGAAGCCAUCGUUUUAAAUCAUAAUAAUAACGCCAAUGCCACAAUGCUAUCCACAAGAAACAACACCAUAGAAUCCAGCACUUUGACAUUAAAGAUGUUGGAGAAUAAUGAGGAUUUCUCUUUAAUAUAUUCAGCAAAAAAUCUACAAAAAGUUUUACAAUUGUUCAAAUCUCGUGAAACCAUGAGUUUACAUAUUCCCAAAUUCAAAAAUAUUGUUCAAAGAACUCAUUUGGACAAGUCUAACAAGAGUUAUCCAAACUUGUUAAACUCGUUGGCUGUGAAUAAUAGUGAGUUACUGAAAUAUGCUUCCCGCCAUCCACAAGCACACAACGGAAUACCUAUUGAUAUUCUACAAAACAAUUCGUUUCAAAAGACUGAUGACUUGUUGAAAGAUAUCUCUUCUAUACAAGCAGGUGUAUAUUACAAGCAUACUAAAGAUGCACCAACAAAACCAAAAAGAAGAGUUGUUAAACUUCACAAGAGGAAGUUGAGUAAAGAAUCUAGCGAAACAAGUUCAGUGACCAGCAUCAGCACCAGCACCGGCACCAGCACCAGCAUCAGCACCAGCUCAAGCACCAGCUCAACCUUGGUUGAGGAAUCACAAGCACCAGUCAAGAAUUUGAGUGAAAUAACCCUAAUUCCGGAACUUGUACCUAUAGCACCAGCACCAGCGCCAGCACCACCCAAGACACCCAGGACACCUAAAACACUACCACCACCAUCAUUGGCAUCAGCUAUUCAACACCCAACACCGUGCAAGGCUGAACAACGGCAGCAAAAACACACAUCGGCUCAAGCUUUAUUACUUCAAGAAUUUAUGAAGUCUUGCCCUUCUCCUUCCCUUUAUGAUAAAGUAUUAACAAAUGGAGGUGGUGUCGGAUUAGGAAAUACUGGAUAUUUCAAUUUCGUGCCACAAAGAACAUAUAGCACCUCGCCAAUUUCAAGAACCAAUAUUGAACAGAAUGAAAAGAAAUCAAUUAAUCAUAUUGACUUUAACAGAAUUAACGAGAAAUUGAAACAGAAUAGCAACAGCAACAACAGCAACAACAACAACAACAACAACAAUAACAACAACAAUACUUAUAGCACCAAUAAGAAUACUAUGAAAAAUGAAAUAGAAAACAUUCCUCGAUUGGCUCAUCUGGAUACGUUUUCUGCUACUGCUGCUGCUUAUACUGGUUUAUUCACUGUUCCUCCUCCUCCAUAUUACCAAUCUUCCUAG